AUGUCAGGCAAGCAAAAUCUCGGAAGCUUCAAAAGUCUUGCACGCGGGAUCAUUGGUGCCAGUGCUUUCGUGCAAGAAUCGAAGUCGAGUAAAGCUUCCCCGGCUGAACCAGUUAAGAGAAAACACCGUGUUAAAUCGAUUGGAGGACGUGAAGCCUCUUCACCUAAAUCUUUUGAACGCGCGUUUUCAGAAUUAAUAAUAGGCUCUUUGCCGACGCAAUUGCAAGAGUAUGCCAUAAUUGAAGAUUUAUUAUUUGUAAUGAUGGGUAUCGAGGGAAAAUAUAUUGGAGUUAAUAAAGCAGAUGGUCUUACUGAAGAAAUACGGUACAUUGAAGGGAUCGACUAUGUUGUUGAUUCGACAUUAGAUCCAUCACUAAAGGACCUUGCCGAACGUAUUCUUCCGCUGGCGACUUACUAUACUGCAAUUGGAGCUUUUGUUGAGACGUAUUCCGAGAUGAAAUAUGGAUUUGUUAAUCAUGCUUUAUGUGGUGCAAUACGCGAAUUAUUAAAAGAAUACUUAAUCCUUAUAACACAAUUGGAACACCAAUUCCGUACUUCUUCUUCGUUCACAUUGCAGAAGUUCUGGUUUUAUGUUCACCCAACUCUUCAUACAAUGUCCAAUAUUCACUCAUUAGUCAUGGAGAUACGCGAUAACUAUCAAGAGUCAAUGGAAGAUGACGAUAGUAUCAAUGGAUAUGACGAAUUAUUGAAUAGUGACGGUUUCAGUAAAAAGAAUUCUAUCCCACAACAAGUCAAAGGAGGAGGAAUAUUGUCUAUUCUUUCGUACCGGAUGAGUCAGAUGAGUGGUGACCCAGAUACCAAAAAACUCUACGUGUACUUACUCUCAAAAGCAUCCAAACCAUACAUUUCAAUGAUGCACACUUGGAUCCAUCAUGGCGAGAUACGUGAUCCAUAUGAUGAAUUUAUGAUUCAGGAACGGAAGAACGUGAAAAAAGAGCAUCUGAAGGAAGACUUUAAUGACACAUAUUGGGAGAUGCGGUAUACUAUACGGGAGAAUACAGUACCCCCAUUCUUGAUACCGUUUCAGAAGAAAAUAUUGUUGGCAGGGAAAUAUUUGAACGUGAUUAGAGAGUGUGGAAUAGCUAUCGAGGAGCCAAGAAAGAAGACGAUCGACGAAAGUGUCGCGGAAAGUAAGGCGGAUAGAACAGACGUUAAUAUGAAUAGUGAUGUGCUUUUGGCUAUGGAUGGUGGCAGGUUUGUUGAGAAUAUCGAGAUUGCAUAUAAACGCGCGAAUAGAACUUUACUAGAUCUGCUUUUAAAAGAUCAGCAAUUACUUGCUCGACUGAGAUCAAUCAAACGCUACUUCUUCCUUGACCAAUCUGACUUUUUUACACAUUUUCUCGACCUUGCCUGGUCUGAAUUAAAAAAACCUUCCACUCAAGUCUCCAUAACAAAACUCCAAUCCCUUCUUGAUCUUGUAUUACGCAAUCCGUCAUCUGUUGCUUAUGCAGAUCCAUUUAAGGAGGAUGUGAAAGUUGAAAUGAGUUCGGUUGGAUUGGUGGAACAACUGUUGAGAAUUAUUAAUGUUGAGCCGACAGCAAUGACAAGAGGAGGUCGUGCGGCUGAAGACUUGGGAGGAAGGAGAGGAGAGGAGAGCGAUGGAGAGGGUUUGGAUGAGGGGGGUGGAGAGAGGCAAACGUACGCGCCAAGUGUUAUUGGGAGUAUAAUAGGAAGCAUUACGGGAACUUUGGUUGGUGGACAUUCGACUGGUGGAGGAAAGCAGUUGACAGGCAUUGAAGCUUUGUCGCUUGACUAUGUUGUAACCUUUCCAUUAUCACUGGUUAUCUCCCGCAAAGCGCUCACAAAAUACCAACUUCUCUUCCGUCAUCUUCUCUACCUCAAAUACGUUGAGCAGCUACUUUGCAACAUCUGGACUGAACAUUUCAAGUCAUUCCAUUGGCGAGAGGAAUCUGGACACCCUUCAAUUACCGCUUGGAAGAAUCGCAUGUACGCGUUGAGACAGAGAAUGCUGGUAUUUAUACAGCAAUUUUCGUAUUAUGUUACGAAUGAAGUAUUAGAACGACAGUGGAGAAUAUUGCAGAGUAAUUUGGCCAAGUUGUCUACUGUUGAUCAGGUGCUAGAGUAUCAUACGGAUUUCCUUGAUACGUGUCUCAAAGAGUGUAUGCUUACGAAUGCGAAGCUAUUGAGGAUUUUUGCUAAGCUUACGCACACUUGUGUUUUGUUUGCAAACUAUACUGAGAAAUUCAGAAAGUCCUUAAUGGUACUUAAAUCACAGUCAGAUGGAAAUAAUAGUGGGCCCGUUUCUCUUGAACAGCAAGAAAAAACACUUCACAAGUUUGAAGAUAAUUUCUUAUACCAUAUCAAACUUUUGAUUGAAGCGUUAAACUUCUAUUCAGCCACUGAAACGGUUCAGUUCUUGUGUCUUGUAGUCAGAUUAGACUACAAUCUUUAUUACUACAACCAACCGAGUAAAAGAUGA